AUGGAGCCCUCCAGUGCGCUUCUCGGCUGCCUGGCGAGCGCCGCUGCUGCCGCCCCGCCGGGGGAGGAUGGAGCCGGGGCCGGGGCCGAGGAGGAGGAAGAAGAGGAGGAGGAGGCGGUGACGGCCCCCCGGGAGCUGGGCUGCGGCGCGCCGCUGCCCUACUGGACUGCCGUGUUCGAGUACGAGGCGGCGGGCGAGGACGAGCUGACCCUGCGGCUGGGCGACGUGGUGGAAGUGCUGUCCAAGGACUCGCAGGUGUCCGGCGACGAGGGCUGGUGGACCGGGCAGCUGAACCAGCGAGUGGGCAUCUUCCCGAGCAACUACGUGACCCCGCGCAGCGCCUUCUCCAGCCGCUGCCAGCCCGGCGGCGAGGACCCCAGUUGCUACCCGCCCAUUCAGUUGUUAGAGAUUGAUUUUGCGGAGCUGACCUUGGAAGAGAUUAUCGGCAUUGGGGGCUUUGGGAAGGUCUAUCGUGCUUUCUGGAUAGGGGAUGAGGUCGCCGUGAAAGCAGCUCGCCAUGAUCCCGACGAGGACAUCAGCCAGACCAUAGAGAACGUCCGCCAGGAGGCCAAGCUCUUUGCCAUGCUGAAGCACCCCAACAUCAUUGCCCUUCGGGGGGUGUGUCUGAAGGAACCCAACCUCUGCUUGGUCAUGGAGUUUGCCCGUGGAGGGCCUUUGAAUAGAGUAUUAUCUGGGAAAAGGAUUCCCCCAGACAUCCUGGUAAACUGGGCCGUGCAGAUUGCCAGAGGGAUGAACUACUUACAUGAUGAGGCAAUCGUCCCCAUCAUCCACCGCGACCUUAAAUCCAGCAACAUACUGAUCCUCCAGAAGGUGGAGAAUGGAGACCUGAGCAACAAGGUUCUGAAGAUCACUGAUUUCGGCCUGGCUCGGGAAUGGCACCGAACCACCAAGAUGAGUGCAGCUGGGACGUAUGCCUGGAUGGCCCCUGAAGUCAUUCGUGCCUCCAUGUUUUCCAAAGGCAGCGACGUGUGGAGCUAUGGGGUGCUGCUCUGGGAGCUCCUGACUGGUGAGGUGCCCUUCCGGGGAAUUGAUGGCUUAGCAGUCGCUUAUGGAGUGGCCAUGAACAAGCUGGCCCUUCCCAUUCCUUCUACAUGCCCGGAACCUUUUGCCAAACUCAUGGAAGAUUGCUGGAAUCCUGACCCCCAUUCACGCCCAUCUUUCACGAAUAUCCUGGACCAGCUAACUACCAUAGAGGAGUCUGGUUUCUUUGAAAUGCCCAAGGACUCCUUCCACUGCCUGCAGGAUGACUGGAAACACGAGAUUCAGGAGAUGUUUGACCAACUCAGGGCCAAAGAAAAGGAGCUGCGUACCUGGGAGGAGGAGCUGACGCGGGCCGCGCUCCAGCAGAAGAACCAGGAGGAGCUGCUGCGGCGCCGGGAGCAGGAGCUGGCCGAGCGGGAGAUCGACAUUCUGGAACGAGAGCUCAACAUCAUCAUCCACCAGUUGUGCCAGGAGAAGCCCCGGGUUAAGAAGCGCAAGGGCAAGUUCAGGAAGAGCCGGCUGAAGCUCAAGGACGGAAAUCGCAUCAGCCUCCCUUCUGAUUUCCAGCACAAGUUCACGGUACAGGCCUCGCCCACCAUGGAUAAAAGGAAGAGUCUGAUCAACAGCCGGUCUAGUCCUCCUGCGAGCCCCACCAUCAUCCCUCGCCUUCGUGCCAUCCAGUUGACACCAGGCGAAAGCAGCAAAACCUGGGGCCGGAGUUCUGUGGUCCCCAAGGAGGAGGGGGAAGAGGAGGAGAAGAGGGCCUCCAAGAAGAAGGGGCGGACAUGGGGGCCAAGUACACUUGGUCAGAAGGAGUUUGCCUCAGGAGACGAAGGCCUCAAGUCCCUGGUCGAUGGAUACAAACAGUGGUCGUCCAGUGCGCCCAACCUGGGGAAGGGCCCGAGGAGCAGUCCAGCCCUGCCAGGGUUCACCAGCCUUAUGGAGACGGAGGACGAGGACAGUGAAGGCCCACGGAGUGGGGAGAGUCGUCUCCCGCCGUCACCCAACCAGUCCUACCUCUGUAUCCCGUUCCCUCGCGGGGAAGAUGGGGAUGGCCCCCUCGGCGACGGCGGUCACGAGGAGCCCACGCCGGUCAACUCGGCCACCAGUACCCCUCAGCUGACGCCAACCAACAGCCUCAAGCGGGGCGGCCCCCACCACCGCCGCUGCGAGGUGGCUCUGCUCGGCUGCGGGGCCGUCCUCGCGGCCACGGGCCUCGGGUUCGACCUGCUGGAAGCUGGCAAGUGCCAGCUGCUGCCCCCGGAGGAGCCCGAGCCACCAGCCCGGGAGGAGAAGAAGAGGCGCGAGGGGCUCUUCCUGAGAGCCAGCCGGCCCCGCCGGAGCACCAGCCCCCCAUCCCGGAAGCUCUUCAAGAAGGAGGAGCCCGUGCUGCUGCUAGGAGACCCCUCCGCCUCGCUGACGCUGCUGUCCCUCUCCUCCAUCUCCGAGUGCAACUCCACCCGCUCCCUGCUGAGAUCCGACAGCGAUGAGAUCGUGGUGUACGAGAUGCCUGUCAGCCCCGUGGAGGCCCCGGCCCUGAGCCCCUGCACCCGCAAUCCCCUGGUCAACGUCAGAGUGGAGCGCUUCAAACGAGACCCGAAACAGUCCCUGACCCCCACCCACGUCACCCUCACGGCCCCCGUGCCGCCCAGCGCCCACCGGCGGACUCCUUCCGACGGGGCUCUCAAGCCGGCUGCCCCUCCAGCCAGCAGGAGCCCCUCCUCCAGCAAUGGGCUGAGUCCCAGCCCUGGAGCAGGAAUGUUGAAAACGCCCAGCCCCAGCCGAGACCCUGGUGAAUUCCCCCGUCUCCCUGACCCCAAUGUGGUCUUUCCCCCGACCCCAAGGCGUUGGAACACCCAGCAGGACUCUACCUUGGAGAGACCCAAGACUCUGGAGUUUCUGCCUCGGCCUCGUCCUUCGGCCAACCGGCAACGGCUGGACCCUUGGUGGUUUGUGUCCCCCAGCCACGCCCGUAGCGCCUCCCCGGCCAACAGCUCCAGCACAGAGACGCCCAGCAACCUGGACUCCUGCUUGGCCAGCAGCAGCAGCACCGUGGAGGAGCGGCCGGGCCUGCCAGCCCUGCUCCCGUUCCAGGCGGGGCCGCUGCCGCCCGCCGAGCGGACGCUUCUGGACCUGGAUGCGGAGGGCCAGAGUCAGGACAGCACUGUGCCACUGUGCAGAGCCGAACUGAACACACACAGGCCUGCCCCUUAUGAGAUCCAGCAAGAGUUCUGGUCUUAG